GCGCCCUGUGUCCCCACAGCCGAGAUCUCCCAAGGCGGCUGCCCGCACUCUCCCCCAGGAGCGAUCUGCGACCGCCUCCCCUCUGCGCACCCCCCGACUAUCUCCUCAAAUCUCUCCCCCUCUCUCUCUCCCUUCCUCUUUCCCUCCCUCCAUCCCUGUGCCUUUCUCCUGGCACACAUGUCUGACCCGCCCCGCCCAACGGUUGGGCACGAUUUCCCCCCACGACCUCCACUCAUUGCCGGUCCUCCUGUCCCUUCCCUCAAUGGGCUCCCGCCACCUCCGGUUGCCAGCUCCAGCACCCCGGACGAUGGGAUAGCAGAUGCUGCAGCGGACAUCGCAGCCACCACCGCAGCCAUCCGGCAGAGCCUUUCCACCUGGGCCGAUGUCUCCAUCGAGCGGGAGCAUGAGCUCACACGCCAAUGGCGUUUGUGGUUUGACCAGUGUCUUGAGUCUAUUUACGAGCAGGAGGAAAAUAUUCGCUCUCAGCUGCUCGCCAGAGAGGUAGGCCACCAACCGAACCCCUCCGAGCUGCAGGCAGUGGUCCUCGAGAAGGAGGCCAUGCUUUCUCAGCUCGAGAGAAGGAGCGGGGAGUUGCAUCGCCAGGUUGAGCUGCUCGCGUCGCAACUUGCGUCCGAGCGCAAGGACCAGGAGUCUCGGCUGCGAAAUGCCUCUCAGCUACGUCGACAGCAGCGCGCCACGCUCCACCGGAUGUCCAAACAUCUUGGUCUCAAGGUCAAAGGCACAGCUUCAUCGCUUUCUUUCUACUUCACCUGCAUCGAGCGAAAUUGCCCGGACAAGGAAUACAAGAUCGCAAUUCGUGUUACAAAGGAGAGGCAAUACGAAGUUCUGGCCAGCACGCCACGCUUGAAUCCAAGUUUCCUUGGCCAGCAGCUUCGGCUCCUGAAUGCAACCAACGAUUUUGGGACCUUCAUCCGAGCUGUGCGGCAGGAAUUCCGCCGCAUGGCACCGGGGUAGGCGCCGGGCUAUCCCUCGAAUACAUAGGCAUACCACUGUGGUUGAUAUUAUUUG